AUGGAAACACUAUCCAUCCAGAUGUUGCCAGAGUAUACACCAUCUACCCCUGCACCCGAUUAUUCCCCCAAACUACUUCCUGGUGAGAAGUGCAUACAAAAGUCACCUCGCCUCACCCAACCGCAUGCGGACAAUGUAUCAUUUACUUACCGGGAAAGGGGGAUGAUCCUGACAUUGAAGGACUGUCGUGAAGAGGAUCGUCAUCCAACCUUUGGUCUAGGGAGUACUAUCCGAGGAGAAGUUGCACUUGACCAUCGCCGGAGAGUUACAGCUGUUACAGCGAAGCUUGAAGGCCGUGUUCACCUUCCAGGGCAACCAUCCAAAGUUGUUAAUAUUGUUUCAAAGGAGCGCACACUAUGGGAGCGUUCCACUCUUAAUGGAGAAACUUGCCCUAGCAUCAUGCCAUUAUCAAUGUCCUUUCCAACUUCCUACCGAGAGCGUGGCCAGGAUCGUCCUUUCCGUUUACCGCCGUCCUUUGAAUUACCAAAACCGCGACGUGUGGCUAUAGUUUACACAUUGCAGAUCAUUGUGACAAGGUCGAGAAACGUCCCAAUGAUUGGCAGCAGGCUUUCGAGGCGAGUGGAGGUACACAUGAGCAUUCACCUCAGAUAUCGCCCUCGAGUACGGCCAUCAAGGCCGGUCCCAGAUUGCUUUAGCGAGUUGAAACAAUGCCCCGAGGAUUGGAUGGAGGACGUUUGGAUCACGAAGCCAUCCGUUGAUGCAGGAAAUGACGCAUUCUUAGCACGCUGUCACUUCUUCUUCCCUUCUGUCCGUGUAUUCACUGCUUCGGAAAAGAUACCUUUCCAUCUGCGACUAGAGACCUCGCCACUCUUCUUGCGCAGUCUUGCGAAGCUUUUUCUUCCUCACCAAGAUCCCUCGGCAAUAGAGGAAGUCUUGCACGUUUAUAUACUACGGCAGACCACCGUCAACGUUCAAGGCACUUCAUUCAGUCAUGAAGAUGUUCUUGGCCGCGGACGAAUGAUGCUGCAAUCAUCAUCCACUUCCAAAGUCGUAUUGUCAGAAUCGGAAGAGCCCGUGACGUGGAGCUGGAACGGCGAACUUCGGUGUGAAGUCCCCGUCUUGAGCACUGGUUUCACCACCAGUCAAAUUAGCACCACGGACUACAUCGUACUGUCUUUACUACUUCCCCCUGGUCCAUUGAGACCCGACCAGUCACUUCAACGGAUCAUCCCUAUACGACUUGCUACAGAACCAUGGAUUGAUCGUUCAUGA